AGGCUCUCCCGCUGACGAGUCACGACUCACGACUCGCGACACGCUCGGAUAAAGGGAAAUCUCCUAUUCUCCAUUGCCUAUCCAGAGUUCAGACUGACCGUAGCCGGCGGAGAAGGUGAAAGAGGAAAAACGAGGGCAUUUCCCAAUAAGACAUUAAGAAUGGGUAGCUCCGUCCUCUCCCAUGUCAUGAGCGUCUCUAUCGCUUCACCUCGUUUCCUCACUUCAAUGUCAAGUGGUCGACUACAGAGGAGCUACUUGAAAAAAUGGGGACGAAUGCAUCACUAUCGUCUCCCAGGUGGAUACGUUGAUACUUCUCGUUGCUACUGUAGUGUUUCUGUCUCCCAAUCCGACAUUUCGGAGAAAGCUUCGACCUCUGUGAAGAAAAGGGUUGUAUCUGGAGUCCAGCCUACGGGAUCUUUACACCUUGGCAAUUAUCUUGGUGCCAUUAAAAAUUGGAUUUUACUUCAGAAUACAUAUGAGACAUUCUUCUUCAUCGUGGACUUACAUGCGGUGAAUGGUGGGUGCUAUAUAGGAGGUGCACGUAACUUGAGGAAUAUAACAGUUAAGAUAACCUUAGAAUAUGAUGUAAAGCAGCUAGCUACAGCAACAAAAAGUACAGCAGCCAUUUACAUGGCUUGUGGUGUUGACACCACCAAGGCUUCUGUCUUUGUGCAGUCUCAUGUCCGUGCUCAUGCGGAGCUGAUGUGGCUCCUGAGUUCUGUCACUCCAAUUGGUCGGCUGAACAGAAUGAUUCAAUUUAAAGAGAAAUCACGCAAGGCGGGAGACGAACAAGUUGGGGUUGCACUUCUGACAUAUCCUGUUUUAAUGGCUUCUGAUAUUCUCUUAUAUCAGUCUGAUUUGGUUCCAGUUGGUGAGGAUCAGAAACAACAUCUGGAGCUAACUCGUGAGCUGGCUGAGCGAGUUAACUAUAUGUAUGGAAGGAAGUGGAAGAAAAUGGGAGGACGAAGUUCUGCAAUUUUUAAGGUUCCUGAAUCUCUUAUCCCACCAGCAGGUGCACGGGUGAUGUCACUCACUGAUGGUCUUUCUAAGAUGUCCAAGUCUGAUCCUUCUGAUCAGUCCCGAAUCAAUCUUCUUGACCCAAAAGAUGUGAUAGCAAACAAGAUUAAACGGUGCAAAACUGAUUCAUUUCCUGGCUUGGAAUUUGGCAAUCCUGACAGACCUGAAUGCAACAACCUUCUUUCUAUUUACCAACUCGUUUCUGGAAGGACAAAAGAGGUAGGUAGUGGAAUUCAUAUUACAACUUUUUUUUUUAGUUAAAUUUGUUGUAUGUAUCAGAAUAUUUUGAAUAUCUUUUUAUAAACCUUAUUUUUCCUAUUUCUAAUAUGCUGGCAAUACAAUUUUGAUCUAAUAUGAAUACAACCAACUACAUUGGGUUAUCAAGAAGUUCAUUUUCUAGUUGGCCAACAUGAUGAUCCAAAUUUUUGUUUUGGGUGAAUAAAAAAUUCAUUACCAAGAAGAAAGCACAAAUACAGCCCAAAAGGAGAGAGAGCAAUAAAAAAUAUAAGACCCAUCCUAAGAGGAUGAAGCUCGAAUCAGAGAGAGGGUAAGGUACCAAGAGACAAUAAUAUGCCUGUUCCUUGGGGAGUCAAUACAAGUAGAGGUUAUAACCGAAAGCUUGGGUUUAAUGUCGAAGGAGAUGGAAUCUCAAAUCUGACGAAGAGAUCGAGAGUUGGUAGUCCAUUUCCUUAGAUUUCUCUCCAUCCAAAUAUGGUUGAUAGAGGCACUACAGGCAAGCUUUCCUACAAUAUCACAAAUAGAAGAGCUUAAUAAGUCAUAUCCACCAUGAGCCAUUCCCGAUUGAGAGGGAGGAUCCUUCUUCUUCUCGGCCAACAUUUCGCAAGAACCCCUAUCCAAAUCGAGGAGGGGAGAGGACAAUCAAAAACUAAAUGGUCAACCUCUUUGGUCUCAUUCUAGUAGAGGCAACAUAAAGGAGAAACAACAAUUUGACUUUGAAUAAGAAAAGACUGAGUUGGCAGGUAGUUGGAAAGAGCUCUCCAAACCUUGAAAUAGUGGCGAGGAAUGUGGUGUUUAAAGCAUACAAGCUUACGCCAUAGAGAAAAGGGGCCAUGAGGUGUAAUGAACUCCCAAGCCGCUUUAGAACUGAAGGUUCCAGAGGAGGAUGGAGACCAAAUAAUCCUAUCACCCGAUCCCUGGGAUCUUCUUACAAUAGAUGGCAAAGCAUUGCACACACUAGUGACCAAAGGGGAGGAUGACAUCGGAGGAGCCCAGGCCUCAAGGCGAAUAAUAGCAGAAACCUUCGACUUCUUGGGAAGGCCCAAUCUAUAGAUAGUUCCCGCACUGAUCAGAUGAUAUAGGACUCCCAUAAUGUGCUAAUGAUCAAGCCAAAGAGAAGUGGACAAACCAUUAUCAAUUUGGUAAUAGAUAGCCCCAAGAACAAUAGACUGAAGGGAAAGAAUUUUGCGCCAUACCCAAGAUGCAUCUGAUGGAAUACAAACAAUCCAAAGGAGUCAGAUACAAGAAGCUUAUGGUAGCCUAGUCGACCAAAUGUUCUUUUUUUCUUGGUCACAAUCUUCCAAAUCAAUUUGAUGAUACCAGUUGGGUUGACAUCUUUGAUACGCCGCAAGCCCAAGCCUUCCUCCUCCUUCGGAAGGCAAAUAGUUUCCCAGUGGAUGGGACGAAGGAAUCUGGAGGAGUCAUUACCUUUCCAUAGGAAAGAAGACAUAAGAGAUUCCAUCACCUUAAUGUUAGAUUGGGGAAGACCAAAGAUACCAAAUUAGUAGAUAUAAGGAGACUGAAAAACUGCUUUGAUGAGAACCAAUUGUCCUGAAAACGAGAGGAGCUUGCCUUUUCAUAAUUGCAGCCUUUUCCGAAUGAGAUCCAACAUAGGAGUACAAUGAUGAGCAGUCAAUCUAGCCGGAAUCAGAGGCAAACCCAUAUACUUGACAGGGUGAUAUAGCCAACUAAGAACCUAGUCUUAUCAAUCAAAGUAGCUCUCUCAGAAUUCGAUAUCCCAACCAAGAAAAUGAGAGAUCUUUUCUAGUUGAUGCGAAGACCCAAGAAAUCUCCAAAGAACUUAAGGCAAGACAUAAUGGCUUGUAAAGAGGCAAUAUUGGCCUAUGGCGAAAAUCACGAGGUCAUCUGCGAAGGCCAAUUGGGUGAAGCUUCAUACCCUUGCAUUUGUGGAUGGGGGCCAAGUAGAUAUUUGGAUACUUCUAGAGAGGACUUGAAGCGCCAAGAGAAGAUAUAAGGGAAUAAGGGACAUCCCUGUCUAAUCCCUACUGAUGAAGCAAAAUAGCCAACAGGACUACCAUUAACCAGAAUUGAUAAGUUUGGAGUAGAGAGGCCACAAAGGACCCAAUUUACAAACACUAGGGGGAACCCUAUCUGAAGCAUGACCUUGGAGAUAAAAUCCCAUCUCACGGAGUCAAAGGAUUUAUGGAUAUUGAUCUUCAUAAGAGCAACUAGAGGAUGAGAUUUUCUGUCAAAUCCUAUGACAAUCUCAUUGUAAAGAAGAAUUUGUCUGAAAUCCUCCUAUCAGGGAUUAAAGCAGAUUGAUUAUCCCUAACAAGAAAGCCAUUACUCUCUUGAGUCUAAUCGCAAGAAUCUUGAUAAUAAACUUGUAAAGCAUAUUGCAAAGAGCAAUGGGCCUGGAAAACGACAUGGAAGAAGCUCCCUUUUUUUUUAUGGAUAGGGCU